AUUACCUACUCUAUCUGUUUCCCACUUGCUCUCUUUAGUCGUUCAACUAAUAAAUGCACCCUUUUUUCUUAUCCCAUUUUUUGGUUCUUUAAUAUUUUUAUUAUUAGUUCUUGGAUGAUUUUUCAUGCUAAUCCAAGAUUUGCAGACUUGGGGUUCCAAGAUUUUUUAUUUUGAAGCUAUCUGAAGAUCCACAUUUCAUAAUUCUUGAUAUACAUUUUGGUUUUAGUAUCUAGUAUAAGUGAUGGGGAAGUUAGGAUUGCGGAGCAUAUUAUUCACGGUCGUUGUUCACAUUCUAGUAAUAUCAGCUGCUGCUAACAUUAAGAAUUUGAAGAUAUGGCCAAUGCCGUUAUCAGUUAGCUAUGGACAUGGGAUGCUCCAACUUAGUAAUGAGUUUGUGCUCAAGACUGAAGGCAGCAAGUACCCUGAUGCCUCUGGAAUUUUAAAGGAAGGGUUUUCAAGGUUCCUUGAUGUUAUUAAGGUAUCUCAUGCUGUUGACGCCAACUCUUCAUAUGCCGGCCCUUCUCCGGUGCUAAAGGGAAUUCAAGUGGUUGUCCUUUCUCCAAGCGAUGAGCUGCAGUACGGUGUUGAUGAGUCCUACAAUUUAACCAUACCAGAAAAAGGAAACCCAGCCUAUGCAUAUCUGACGGCAAAAACAGUUUAUGGGGCUUUGCAUGGUUUGCAGACAUUUAGUCAAGCAUGCCAUUUUAACUUUACAACCAGAACGAUUGAAGUUCAUCAAGUUCCAUGGACCAUUGUUGACGGGCCAAGAUUCUCUUAUCGAGGCCUUUUAAUUGAUACUUCCCGUCACUAUCUGCCAUUGCCUGGGAUAUUGAAGGUUAUUGAUUCGAUGGCUUAUGCAAAACUGAAUGUGCUGCACUGGCACAUAGUAGAUACACAAUCAUUCCCACUUGAGAUACCUUCAUAUCCGAAACUGUGGAAUGGUGCUUACUCAAGUUCAGAGCGGUAUACUGUAGCUGAUGCUUCUGAGAUUGUGAGAUAUGCGGAAAGACGUGGAAUUAAUGUAUUAGCUGAAUUAGACGUUCCGGGACAUGCUCAAUCUUGGGGUGUUGGUUAUCCUUCCUUGUGGCCGUCAAAAGAUUGUCAACAACCCCUUGAUGUAAGCAACGAUUUCACUUUCAAAGUAAUAGAUGGGAUUCUCUCAGAUUUUAGCAAGAUAUUUAAGUACAGAUUUGUUCAUCUAGGAGGUGAUGAAGUGGAUACAAGUUGCUGGACGUUAACCCCUCGUAUAAACAAGUGGUUAGAGAAACACCGGUUGAAUGGAACCACUGCUUAUGAGUACUUCGUGUUGCAAGCACAGAAGAUAGCUUUAUCCCAUGGAUAUGAAAUUAUCAACUGGGAAGAGACGUUCAAUAAUUUUGGCAAUAAGUUGAGCCCAAAAACUAUAGUUCACAACUGGCUCGGGGGAGGUGUUGCUCAGCAAGUAACUGCAGCUGGAUUGCGGUGCAUCGUUAGCAAUCAGGACAAGUGGUAUUUGGACCAUAUAGAUACCACAUGGCAAGAUUUCUAUUCAAAUGAGCCACUAACUAAUAUUACAAAUUCCAAGCAACAACGGCUGGUUAUUGGGGGUGAAGUAUGUAUGUGGGGUGAGCAUAUUGAUGGAUCAAACAUCGAAACAACCAUAUGGCCUCGUGCAGCGGCAGCUGCAGAGAGGCUAUGGACAGCUUAUGACAACAUUGCCAAAAAUCCAGAUCAAAUUGCAAGUAGGUUGGCGCAUUUUAGGUGCCUAUUGAAUCAAAGAGGAGUGGCUUCUGGUCCAUUAACCGGAGGCGGGCGAGCUGCCCCAGAAGAGCCAGGUUCUUGCUAUCAGCAAUAGUUACCUGAAGUGUUCUUUUUCUUCUCAUUCUUUUAUCAAUCCCUGUAGAAUCAAUUAAAAUCAUAUAUGUAGUGCUCCUGAUAGCAGGAAGCACUAGCCUUCAUGCAUUAAAAGUUGUCGCUAUCAUUGUAAGGCAACGCUCUCUGUUGUAAUUCUUUCGAAGGAAUAUGGAAGAAAUAUCAGCCUUAUCUAUGAGUUCACCUGCAGUCAA